AUGGCAUUCGGUCAGCAUAUGGUGACCAAUGGUGCUUCUUAUAAAUUAUUAAGAAACUUGGGCAUGUUAGAUGAUAGGGCUGUCAAUUUCAAUCGUUCGGACUCAUUUGAUAUUAUUCGUGCUAAGGCUUCGGAUUUCAUGAGGAAGCAGUUUGAGCGCAAUGAAAGGGCAUAUAACCUUCGGUCCAGACAGGUUUCCUACGAAGUUGGUCAAGAGGUUUUCCGGGGAAAUUUUCGCCAAAGCAACUUUGAGCAGGGUUACAAUGCCAAGUUGGCUCCAACUUUUGUUAAAGCCCGGAUACGUAGGAAACUGGGCAAUUACUAUUACGAACUUGAGGAUCUACAAGGACGAUCCCUUGGUAAUUAUCAUGCGAAGGAUAUAAGGCAAGCGUGA